AUGCGGCUGUCGUCUGCAAUCAUCUCCGUUGCGGAACUGCGAUAUCUGCGCCUGGUGGAGCAUUCUUCGCAGAAGUUAGUGCGCAGGCGCGGGAAGCGGCAGCAGCGGGAAGAGAGCGGAGAAUCACCUGACCCGAUGGAAGAUGCGGUGUUUUUCCUCAACGUUAUGUUGGGACACAUCAUUAAAAACUGUAGGACGUUGCAGACAGACCAUAUUCCCAUAAGACUCGUGGACGGCGGAAGUCGCUGUGCCGGAAGGGUUGAAGUUUACUACAACGGAACCUGGGGUACCGUGUGCGAUGAUUCUUGGGAUUUAACAGAUGCCCAUGUUGUCUGCAAAGAACUGAAUUGUGGGUAUGCUGUUAAUGCCACGGUUUCCAGUUGGUUUGGUCAAGGUUCAGGUCGUAUCUGGCUGGACAACGUGAACUGUUCAGCGAAUAAUUCGGCCUUGUGGCAAUGUCUGGGGAGUCCAUGGGGCGAGAACGACUGCAUUCAUAAAGAAGAUGCUGGAGUUAUCUGUUCGGGUCACAGGGAUAUAAGGUUGGCGAAUGGGAAAAAUCCCUGCCAAGGCAGACUUGAAGUUUUCUUUAACGGGACCUGGGGAACUGUUUGCUCUGAUUCUUUUGUCACGGAGAAUGCAGACGUGGUUUGCGCCCAGCUGAACUGCGGCUCAGCAACAUCUGUAGAAGACUCAGCGGCAUUUGGAAAGGGAUCUGGACCGAUCUGGCUCGAUGAUGUGAGGUGUCGCGCGGAUGACUCACUUUUAUGGCAAUGUCCAUCUUCACCCUGGGGCCAACAUAAUUGUAACCACGAAGAGGAUGUCGGGGUCAUUUGUUCAGAAUCACAUCCAUCUAAAAACCGAAUCCAGGGGAACAGGAAGAAAAAGAUAUUCUACCAAGUUCCGGGAGAUUUUGUCCUGCGGCUCGUGGCAGGGUUCGAUAACUGCUCUGGAAGGGUUGAAGUUGUCUUCAGUGGGACGUCAGGAACGGUGUGCGACGAUUCGUGGGAUAGUCACGAUGCUUCAGUUGUCUGUAGACACUUAAACUGUGGAGAUCCCGUCUCGGCAUCCGCCGGGAUGCUGUUUCCCCAAGGAAACGGCACGAUUUGGAUGGACGAGGUUGAAUGCAAAGGGAGUUAUCAGCUGCACCCUGCUCCUUUCAGUUAUCUGAGAGCCUUCGUUUACGUUAGCCCUUGCAUACUUGGUUCUCUUCUGAUCGUCGUUUCACUUUACCUGGUCAAAGGGCUGCUGAGAGGCUUCCGGAAUGGCGUUAGAAAAUGGCAGCUUCCUCUGACUGGGGUUCCUGAGCCGUUUUAUGAGGAGAUCAACAUUCAGGAGUCUGGGGCAGGACUCGAUUCGCAAUCUCUCGGUUCAGAGAAUAAAUUGCAAUAUUAUGUGGAUAGUGACUUGCAUGAACACAAAAAUGAAAAUGUGGAAGUUUCCAGGAUAAUUGCUAUGUUCUUCCUUGAACAGCGGAACAACAUCAGCUACUCGCGAGUCCUCUGGGACCACGGCUGUCACUAG